UUGCACAUUUUUCAUGUAACUGGCCUAAAAAACACAUUCCAAUUUCCGAUCGAGCUGAUCAUCUUCUUCAUCUUCCUUAAUUCGCUAGCUGCAGUUUAGGAGACAAAAAAGAAUGGCCGCCAUUAGUCUAGAUCCAAGUCUAAGACUACAACAUAUCAAUGGCAAAGACCCUCACCAUCACGGUGCUGUUGUUGAGGAAAUUCAAGGGCUUAUAAAAGUAUACAGAGAUGGACAGGUGGAAAGACCUCAGAUUGUUCCAUUUGUCACAGCCGCGCCAUUGUCUUUGGAGCUUGGAGUGACUUCUCGUGACAUAGUCAUUGACAAGUUCACAAACAUCUGGGCUCGUUUUUAUGUCCCGUCUAUCUGUAGCCAUGGGAAGCUUCCUUUACUUGUCUACUUCCAUGGAGGAGGGUUUUGUGUUGGCUCAGCUGCUUGGAGUUGUUACCAUGAGUUUUUGGCAAGGUUAUCAGCCAAAGCCGGUUGCCUAAUCAUGUCGGUAAAUUAUCGUUUGGCGCCGGAAAAUCCUCUUCCAGCCGCUUAUGAGGACGGAUUAAAGGCUCUGAUAUGGCUGAAACGACAAUCUCUAUGUGGGUCCAGCGAUCAAUAUUGGUGGUCUAGGCUUUGUGAUUUCUCUAAAAUCUUCCUUGCUGGUGACAGCGCCGGUGCCAAUAUAGCCUACAAUGUGGCCUCGAGGCUUGGUUCCAACAAUUCAAUCCAAGCAAUGACUUUAAAGCCAUUGGGUCUAAAGGGUACCAUUUUAAUACAGCCAUUUUUUGGAGGAGAUGCUCGGACACACUCAGAGAGCCACAUGGUUCAGCCGCCGCGCUCGGCGCUGAGCUUAUCAUCUUCCGAUACGUAUUGGCGGUUGGCUUUGCCAGCUGGGGCGAACCGCGACCACCCGUGGUGUAACCCUUUGUCGACAAAAUUGGAGGAUGUAAGGCUGAUGCCUACGAUGGUGUGCGUAUCAGAGAUGGACAUAUUGAAAGAUAGAAACUUGGAGUUUUGUACGGCUUUGGUCAGAGCAGGUAAAAGGGCUGAAUACGUGGUGUUUAAAGGUGUAGGGCAUGCAUUUCAGGUUCUAAGCAGGUGCCAGCUCUCACAAACCCGAACCCAUGAAAUGCUGGCUCAUAUCAAAGCCUUCCUUAGUCGUUGAUCUCUCUCUCUCUCUCUCUCUCUCUCUGUCCCCAUCAUGUGCUUAUGUUCGUACAAAUUAAACUGGAAAUAAAAUUAUUUUCAAUAUUGCACCAAUAUUUCUGGAAAGUUAAUGCUUUAAUUUUCUC